AUGCAUAAGAGUCUCAGACAAACCAUCUGCUCAACUUCUCUCACUUCCACCUCUCACUUCCACUUCUCGCCAACCCUCCUCUUCCGCAAAGACACAACUCGUUCUCUUCAAAUCCUCCUACCUCAACCAUUCGCGACCGACCUCCCGUUACAUCUCGCAUUGAUCAACUCUCGACUCAUCGGCACGGCGCAGACCCCUCCUCCGACCCGCAUCAAUGGAGGGAGAAUCUUUGCCCGAUGCUCGAACCUCCCCCCGGCGCGACUGCAGACAGCCAUCGCUCCUGGCUUGUCCACGCCUUUGUCGCCCACGUUCAAGCUAGAUGAAGGCUACUCGGACGACACUCGUAGCCAGGCCGACAAGGAUCUGGGAUCGGACAAUGUUAUGGCGCUUCCAAAUUGGAUUCUCGCCCAGAGCGAGGCUGGCAGAGCCGGUAAGUCUCUCACUGCUCCAUUCCUUCCCCGCGGUGAUUGUAGCAAAAGGCGCGUCACAUGCGCCUCGUCGCCUUCUUCGGUCCCUACGAACCUCAAGCAUCGCGGCAAUGGUCGACCGACUGAAUCCUAUUCUGCACUUGGACCCCGUGGUCAAGCUUCCCCCGAACUUACAAACGAGGUCUUCUCCUAUCUCGACCCUCGAACGCUCUUGAAUGCCUCGCUUGCCUCACGCUCCUGGCGCGAACGUAUCCUAGACUCGGGUUUAUGGAAAUUCCUUUAUCUCAAUGAAGGAUGGCGCGUGGACUGGGCCGCAGUUCGUGCAUUCGAGCAAGAGCAUUCUGAGGCCAUGUCGCCCCAGAGCAGGAAGUCGCGUUUACGACAUUCGGAAAAUUCAGACACCGAUAUCGGGGAGCCCAAGCAAAAGAAGCGCAUGCCGCCGGCAUGGAACAAUCCGCAAAGUACCGAUGCGCAGCAGACCACGGUAUUCGGACCCAUGUCCGCAGUGGCCGAUAUGGAGGGCGACCACCAGAUGACAGAUGACGAUGAUCAGGGUGUACAUUCAAUUGCCGGCGAGACUGAAAUUCUCCCCACGGCAGUCCCCGAAUCGCCUGUAUCUCCUUCGUCAUUCUAUCCGCCUCUGCGGCCGUCCCUCCUGUUGCGGGAUCCUUACGAAAGCACCAGGCUGAACUGGCUUUACCUCUACAAGCAACGCAGACGGCUUGAAGCGAAUUGGCAUCAUGGCCGGUACACAAAUUUUCAGCUUCCUGACCCGUCACACCCAGAGGAGGCUCACAAGGAAUGUGUAUAUGCGAUUCAAUUUGAAGGACGAUGGCUGGUGAGUGGGAGCCGAGACAGGACUGUGAGAAUCUGGAAUCUCGACACGAGACGGCUACGCCACCCUCCGCUGGAGGGACAUAACAAGUCUGUCCUUUGCCUUCAAUUUGAUCCUAGCCCUGAGGAGGACAUCAUCAUCUCCGGCAGCAGUGACAAGAGCGUAAUUGUAUGGAAAUUCUCCACCGGAGAAAUGAUCCAUCAAAUCGACCACGCACAUACGGACUCAGUUCUCAACCUCAAGUUCGAUAAACGUUACCUUGUGACCUGCUCCAAAGACCGAACUGUCAAGGUGUGGAAUCGACGAGAUUUGCUUCCCAACCACGAGGAUUAUCCGCGGGUGUUUCGAGGAUCAGAUGUCACGUAUCCGACCUAUAUCGUUGAUCUCAACUCGAUCCCACCAAACGAGUUGGAAGCGCGAAUUGCGCACGAUCAAUACAAAGUCCUCUUACCUUACCAAUUGCUUAUGACUGUGCGUGGACAUGGAGCCGCCGUGAAUGCCAUGCAGAUCCAUGGUGAUGAGAUCGUGACAGCAUCUGGAGACCGGACUAUAAAGGUCUGGAACAUUCGCACUGGUGCUUGCACCAAGACCUUGACGGGCCACGAGAAGGGUAUUGCAUGCAUUGAGUUCGACAGCCGAAGAAUCAUCAGCGGUAGCAAUGAUAACACAGUUCGCAUUUACGAUCAUGUCUCCGGAGCUCCGGUGGCAUGUCUGCGAGGUCACAGCAAUCUCGUGCGCACCCUCCAAGCAGGAUUCGGUGAUCCUCCAGGGGCCGGUGAGGACCUACGGCGACAAGCACGGGCAGUCGACAAUGAUUUCUUCGCUGCUCAAGAGGCCGGAUUACCCGUUGGCAACGGCCACCAGCCGAACACGGCGGGAUCACGGGAUCCUCGCGAUAUCCUUGCCCUGGGAGCAAAGAUCCCCCCGGUGGAGGAGGCAGUAGCUGGGCGCACGAUCAUGGUCUGGCACAAGGACCGCGAGGGCAAAUGGACAGCGGCGUACCAACUGCGCCAGAGCGAUGCCGUUGCUAAUGCCGCUCGGUCCAGCCUCAGCGAGGUGGCACGAACCACUGUAGCAGCCCAGGCUCAACAGCUACAUGCAGCACAGGCGGCGGCACCUCAAGCCGGUCCUGCCAACCCCCUUCUCCAGGCACUGCCGCUACAGGUCGUAAAUGCCGCGGCUAUGAACGCGCAACCACCUGCCCCACCCGUUGCUCACCACCACCAUCACCAUGGCCAUCCACGCAGACCGGCUCUCACCCCGCAGCCUACUUCGCGCGUCUUCAAACUCCAAUUCGACUCUCGGAAGAUCAUCUGCGCUAGCGUGGAUCCUCGCAUCGUCGGCUGGGACUUUGCCUGUGAUGACGAAGAAAUCAUCGAGACCUGUCCUUUCUUCCAGCGUCUUUGA